AGAGAAUUUGUGGACUGUACUCCCGACGCAGACGUACAAGCGAACAUCGAAAGCCAUGCGGUAGCAAUAGUACAUUUGUGUGAAAGCAUUCUUCAGUUCAUUGCAGAGAGUGCCGUAUAGUGUAAACGCGACUCAUGCAGGUACGAACGAUGACGAUGUUCCAGGCGUGCAGGGCCGCGGUGCCACCUCCACAUGGCGCGGUGCGACCAAAUUCCCGCAAAAAGUUCGAGGCGGCGGUGCAUCAGAGGAAGCAUCUCCUCGUCCACCUAUUUACCUCGUGUCGCCCUCACCAUUCAACAUCUAUGAAGAUUAGGUGACGGCAGAGACAUCGAGAUUAGUCACGCCAACUCGGUAAGUG